AUGACGUGGACGCUCCCAGAAAAACUCGGCGGACGCACGAAGGGACACCUCCCUCUCUUGGAGGGGUCCUUCUACAUCAAAUCCUUGGAACCGUUGGCACAGCCGAAAUAUUCGUUCAGCAUUGAUGCCAUAUUGUCCACAGACCAUCGGUCCGCUCACCCCCAGCAAAUAAUCGCCUCGCAUGUUCCGCUGUCCUCGCCGUAUGCCUAUAUAUCUGGCAGGGCUCCGUACCAGAAACAACCCCUUCAGCUACAUCUCCAGCCAUUCCAUCACCACAGCUAUGAAACAGACUUAUAUGAUGGUAACGCCGUUUACCCAAAUAAUUUGACAUAUCAUGGAGGUUUCGUGCGUAAAACAUGCAGACGGAUCCGCACAAUCUUCACCACAGAACAACUGACGAGACUGGAGGAGGUGUUUAGCAAGCAGCGCUAUAUGACCGGGACUGAGAAAAUUUUACUCGCUUCGGCCCUGCGCCUUACAGAGAUCCAGGUUAAAGUGUGGUUCCAGAACCGGAGAACGAAAUGGAGAAAGAGCAAAGAGGACCAAGCCCAACAGUCGCCGUGUUCGGGGGACGAACAGUUCAUCUCGGUCGACAGUGACGACUCCCUGUAGUUUAAAGGAACUUAAACAGUUGGUGUUAAGACACCGCAACAUAUUUGUCUUUAUUUUAAUUUCUGUUACGAAAG